GUGCGCCCGGCGUUCUAUCUAUCUUCUGAGACUUUGCCCUUCUCCAGGAAGAGCAUUCAGGAGACCAGGAAAAUGGCCACGGGGCUCCUGAAAGCCAAAAAAGAGGCAUUCGUGGCAUUCAGGGAUGUGGCUGUGGACUUUAGCCAGGAGGAGUGGCGGUUGCUGAGCCCAGCUCAGAGGACCCUGCACCGGGAAGUGAUGCUGGAGACCUACAGCCACCUGGUCUCACUAGACGUUCCGUUUUCCAAACCAAAACUCAUUUCUCAGCUGGAGCAAGGGGAAGAGCCCUGGAUAGAGGAGAGACAACAUCCACUGGGCCUCUGUCCAGCAGAAUCAAAGCUAAACAUUCCACCUUGUCCCCACUGCCCGCUGGCAUUCACUAGUCAGCAAGGCCUCAGCCAGCACGUGUGGUUCAGUCACUUUCCUCAGCUCUUCUCAAGUUUACGUGCAGGGAAUCAUCUCCCUCUGGGGAAACACUAUCCAGAAGAUCAAAAACAGCAGCAGAGGCAACUCUUUGGUGAAACCUGCUGGAGUGACAAAGCAGAAAUUCAAGAGACAGAAGACUCCGAGCCCUUGUCCGAGAGCAAGGGUGGCACUUCAAAGGUGUUGUCCUGCCCACUGCAACGACAGCCAGUAAGGGUGGAGCAAGACAGGGCAGUGACGGCCACAGGGCCCAGUCGAGACCAGAGGACAGACCUUGGGGAAACAGACAAAGUGUUGCAUGGUGUAAAAGUCUCAGGAUUUGGAGCAAUCAAAUACGGGGAGUUGGGGCUAGGCUUCAUGAAGGAGUCAAACCUGCUCAGCCUCCAGAAGAUACACACAGGGGAGACACCGUGCGUGUUCACCGAGUGGGGCCAGGGCUUUGGCAAUAUGUCAAUCCUCAUAAAAAACCAGAGGACGCCCUCUAGGGACAAGCCUCAUGUGUGCAAGGAGUGUGGACGAGGUUUUACCUGGAAGUCAAACCUCAUCACACACCAGAGGACACAUUCAGGGGAGAAACCUUACGUGUGCAAAGAGUGUGGACGAGGCUUUACUUGGAAGUCAAACCUCUUCACACACCAGAGGACACAUUCAGGGGUCAAGCCAUACAUGUGCAAGGAAUGUGGGCAGAGCUUUAGUCUGAAGUCAAACCUUAUCACGCACCAGAGGGCACACUCUGGGGAGAAGCCUUAUGUGUGCAGGGAGUGUGGGCAUGGCUUUCGCCAGCAUUCACAUCUCAUCAGGCAUAAGAGGACACAUUCGGGAGAGAAGCCUUAUGUGUGCAGGGAGUGUGAACGUGGCUUUCGUCAGAAGUCACACCUCAUUAGACACUUACGGAUACACACAGGAGAGAAGCCUUACAUAUGCACAGAAUGUGGGCGCCAUUUUAGCUGGAAAUCAAACCUCAAGACCCACCAGAGGACACACUCAGGCAUUAAACCUUAUAUGUGCCUCGAGUGUGGGCAGUGCUUUAGCCUGAAGUCAAACCUCAGCAAACACCAGACGUCACACACGGGGGAGAAGCCAUUUGUGUGCAGGGAAUGUGGGCGAGGCUUUACCCGGAAAUCAACCCUUAUCACGCACCAGAGGACACACUCAGGGGAAAAGCCAUUUGUAUGUAAGGAAUGUGGACGAGGCUUUAAUGAUAAGUCAACCCUCAUCUCACACCAGAGAACACAUUCAGGGGAAAAGCCUUUCAUAUGCAGGGAGUGUGGUAAAAGAUUUAGCCAGAAGCCAAAUCUCUUUAGGCACAGGAGGGCACACUCAGGUAGCAUACCUUUUGUGUGCGGGGAAUGUGGGCAAGGCUUUUGUGAUAAGUUGACUCUCAUCACCCACCAGAAGGCACACGCAGGGGGGAAGCCUCAUGUGUGCAGGGAGUGUGGGCAAGGCUUUAGCCGGCAGUCACACCUUGUAAGACAUCAGAGGAUACAUUCGGGAGAGAAGCCUUAUAUUUGUAGGAAGUGUGGGCGAUGCUUUAGUCGGAAAUCAAACCUCAUCAGACAUCAGAGGACACAUUCAGGAUAGAAACCUUGUAUGUAGGAGUGUAGUGAAGUCUUUAGCCAAGACUCAUACUUCUUGAGAUACCAGAAGUCACACCUAGGGCUUUAGUGUGGCUUUAGUAAUAAGUCGGGCAUUGCCAGACACCAAAGUGGAGACAUCUUAUGUGUGAUGGGAAUGUUCAUGAGCCCAAUGGUUAAGAGUCAACAUCUCUAGUCCCCGUGAAGGAGAGCUGCCCGCACAUUUUCAGAGCUCUGACAUUCUCUAGUAGGGAUGGUGGGUUAUGGAAGAUCUGUCAGGUAAUGUGAUAGAGGGGGUACUUCCAAGAGGUUGAAAUUAGGGAAUGGAGGCUUUUCUAAUGUUGUUUCCCAAGAAUACUUGAACACUCUUUAUACAGUAACCUUGAUGUUGGAGAAACAGCAACACUAGAGCUCAUCUCUUAAUGUCUGUCUUAACCUUCUGAGAACAAGAGACUUGACAGAAAUCAUGGCUGAUUUAAUCUUGGUUUCCCAGAGAAUGAGCCAGCAGAGUCCGCUUCAGGGGACAGUUUGGGAAAUGGUGAAUUCAUGGGAACAGAGAUGGUACAUAGGUAGAAGGUUUUAUUAUGCAACAAGCUAACUGGUGAGAAAAAUUGUGACUAUCCUAGCUGUAGAUUUUGGGAAGAAGUAUCCAUUUUUGCUUAUUUCCUGAGGCCUUCUCUGGUUUCCAGGUUGAAUUCAUACCAAAAAUAGUUUUAUUUACUGGCAUAUUUAGACUAGAAAUGUGUUCUGUGCUUUCACGAAGAAAACACACUCACGUAUACAGAAAUAGAAAAUGAAAUUACUUUCCAUUCUUUGAAUUACCAUACUACAUCCCAUAGGUAAUUCUUUGGUUUAAAUCUUUCCAGCCAUUGUAAAAUACAUGACUUUUCUGGUUGGGAAUACUCUCUUUUUGAGAAGGGCGGUGUUGCAUAGAUUCACUUAUAAUUCUGAGCCAGGGCCCAAUUUUUUUUUUCAUGGAACUUGACUAAAUUAUUCUGAGUUUUAUUUGGAAAGCAAAAUUUUUAGAAAUGGCAGGAUAAUAUAAGAACUGUAUAGUAACAUGUCUUUUUCAUCUGUGGACAGAUAUCUAGAAUAGAACUGCAUAAAAAAUAGAAAAACAAACUCACUUUUAUAUGAGUAUUUAGAAAGUGAGGAAGCAGGAUUUCAAGUUAUUAUGAAAAUAGCAAG